AACCUCUGACACAAACAAAAAGCUCGCUCCAUACUACGGAUAUUUCGUUCUACUUCGACCACAUCAACCACCAAAAUGCGCACCGCGUCUCUACUCAUUUCUCUCGCUGCCUUUGCUGGCAUGGCAGCCGCCAAGCGCGGCUGCAGACCAGACCCGGCCAACCCCGGGCAAGGCUUUUACUUAAUCGUUCAAGGCGACGUGCUCAAAUCGAUCGCCGCCGAUUUCGGCACCACGGUUGACGAGCUUGCCAAAACGAACAACAUCCCGCAACCCGACUUUAUCAAAACCGGAACGACAAUUGUGGUCCCCUGCCCAUAGGGGAUUUGCGCAGACUGUGCGACCGCUUAAGCCCCAAAACACGAGACGAACAGACCGACAUCACCAAUCUACCGGUGGAGCUUUAUGAAUAUGAGUAGCAGCGUAGCGACAUUGUGACUUAGUGAGAAGGGUGGCAAGAUGGUCAACUUCAAGUUCCAUCUAAUCGGAGAACAAUUGUGUAUCUUUUUUUCAGCUAGAACAGUAUUUUGGAUUUUUCUCCCCCGAGAUUAAAGACCGCGGGUC